AAGCCAAAACAGUCUUUUAGUUUCCCUCUCAAAAUCGUGGCGCCUCCUUUUUCUCUGCUAGGGUUUUUCAAAUCUUUCCCUUGCUCUCUUUCAAUUCCUAAGCGAAUCAAUCACUUUAUCCUAAAUCUAAAACAUUCCAAAUUUUCCGAUUAAUUUGUUCUUUACGGGGACGAUGAAUCUGUCGGAGGGAGCGAUAGCCAAGAUAACCAGCGGCGGAGCAACCGCCGCAGAACUGAAGCCAACGUUGCAAGUGACGGAGCUGAAACAGGUGCAAACGAAGCAACCCCAACAGAGUGACCGUUUUCGGUUGGUGCUAUCAGAUGGGUCUCAUUUACAACAAGCCAUGUUAGGCACUCAGAUUAACCAUUUGGUUAAAGAUGGAAACUUGCGUGCUGGUUCUGUUGUUCAGUUGAUUCAGUAUACUUGCACCACUGUCCAAGGCCGCAUGAUUAUAAUCAUCCUGGAAUUGGUUGUUGUAGUUGAAGAGUGUGCUCUAAUUGGACAUCCAGUGUCAGCACAAAAGUCUUUGGGGCCUUCACAAUCCUCCACUGACCAGCCAGUUAACAACCCUGCAAAUCCUCAAUCAUUUGGUAAUAGCUCACUUUCAGGUGGGAUGGUUGGAAACCCAAAUUUGACUGUGGCAUCUGCACAAAACCCUAGAAUGAAUCAGUUACAUGGUAAUUCCUAUUCCAGCAAUUAUGACUCUGGACGAUAUGGUGCAUUAAAUGCACCUCCAUCGCACGUGAAAGCAGAACCUGGUGCAGGACUUUCUGGAACCACUACAAUAAAUGCAGCCUACAAUGAUCAGAAUGCUGGCUUUCACAAUGCUAGACCUGAAAUUUCACAUCCUUCUGGCACUUCUACUUGCCCAUCUCUGCCAGCAUAUCAACAACCACCUCCUAUGUAUUCUAAUAGAGGACCAGUGGCUAGGAAUGAAGCUCCACCCAGGAUAAUGCCGAUUUCAGCACUCAAUCCAUAUCAGGGUAGGUGGACAAUUAAGGCAAGGGUGACGGUAAAAGGAGAGCUGAGACACUACAAUAAUCCCCGUGGUGAUGGCAAAGUGUUCUCUUUCGAUCUUCUCGACUCUGAUGGUGGAGAAAUUAGAGUAACCUGCUUUAAUGCUGUAGCUGACCAAUUUUACAACCAGAUUGAAGCUGGGAAAGUUUAUUUGAUUUCCAGGGGAAGUUUAAGACCCGCUCAAAAGAAUUUCAACCACCUUCACAAUGAUCUAGAGAUAUUUCUGGAGAUCGGUUCAGUAAUUCAACCAUGUUUUGAGGAUGACAACUCAAUUCCAAGGCAACAAUUUCAUUUCCGUUCCAUAAGUGAAGUUGAGAGCAUGGAUAAUAACAGUAUUGUGGAUAUAAUUGGUGUGGUGACUUCAAUUACUCCUGUGGCUUCAAUAAUGAGGAAAAAUGGCACAGAAACUCAGAAGAGAAGCCUCCAGUUGAAAGACAUGUCAGGUCGUAGUGUUGAAUUAACGCUUUGGGGAAAUUUCUGUAAUGCAGAAGGACUAAGGCUGCAAAAUAUUUGCUACUCUGGCUGUUUUCCUAUUCUAGCUGUAAAAUCUUGUAGAGUUGGUGAUUUCAAUGGGAAGGCAGUUGGGACUAUUUCCACAAGUCAACUGUUUAUCGACCCUGAUUUCCCAGAGGGUCAGAGGCUAAAGGAAUGGUUUGAAAAGGAAGGCAGGAACAUCCCUUCUGUCUGUAUUUCAAGAGAAAUGUCUAGUGUGGGUAGGACAGACGUUCCAAAAACUAUUUCUCAAAUCAAGGAUGAGAAAUUAGGGACUUCUGAGAAGCCAGAUUGGAUCACUGUUGGAGCAACUGUGAUCUUCAUUAAGUCUGACAGCUUCUGCUAUACAGCUUGCCCCAUCAUGGCUGGCGACCGACCAUGCAGCAAGAAGGUCACAAAUAAUGGGGAUGGGAAGUGGCGGUGUGAGAAGUGUGAUCAGUCUAUGGAUGAAUGUGACUACAGAUACAUACUCCAGUUUCAGAUACAGGAUCAUACUGGCAUCACAUGGGUGACCGCGUUUCAAGAGAGUGGCCAGGAGAUUAUGGGCAUAUCUGCAAAAGAUCUGCACUUUUUGAAAUAUGAAAAGCAAGAUGAUGAGGGUUUUUCAAAAAUUAUUCGACAAGUUCUGUUUAGUAAAUUUCAGUUCAAGUUGAAAGUAAAGGAGGAAACGUUUAGUGAUGAACAGCGUGUAAAGUCCACUGUGGUCAAAGCAGAAAAGGUGAAUCAUUCAUCUCAUUCUAAGUUUCUUUUAGAUAUGAUUGAAAAAUUCAAAUCAGGGAAUUACACACUUGCUUCCAACCCAGAAUCUGGUUAUCCUAAUACUGGAGCAAAUAGCACUGGAAUUGAAAAUGUUGGAGGUAGACAAGGUGGACCUGUAGGAUCUAAUCAAGUGGGCACUAACAGCUAUGCAGCUAGAGAAUCUGGUUCACUGUCGAACCAAGUGGGUCAGUACGGAAACCAGUACAGCACUAGGUUUCCUACACAUGAUCUGUCAUGUAACAGCUGUGGUGCUACAAGUCACAACUCUGCAAAUUGCCCUAGUAUUAUGAAUGCUCCAAGGCAGUCUGUGGGGGCUGGGGUCUAUCCUAAUAGAGGAUCUUCUUUGGCUGGCGGUGGUGGUGCUGCAGGUGAAUGCUAUAAAUGCCAUCAAAUAGGGCAUUGGGCGAGAGACUGCCCUGGCCUUAGCAGUGUUACUCCAGCUUAUGGCAGCUCUGCCAUUUCCUCGGGUGGGAGGUUGGGUGGUAUUUCAAAGCAACAGGUUGGUGGCUUCUAAAACACCUGGAAAAUAAGGCAGUAGGAGUUUGUAAAAUAUGGUGUCUGCUUUUUUGAAAUAUAACUGAUAGCUCAUCUGAUUUGGUGUUCGGGUUCUUGAUUGAGUGCAGCUUUCUGAGCUUUCUCUGUACAGAAUGUUGGUACCUUGAAUGGCAUCUUUAAUUUUGUUUUGGUAGACUUUGCCAAGGAUGCUAUGUGCCACACCUACAUUAUCUAAGAAUUAGAUCUUUUGUCUUUUUGGCUUUUGUUCAUCCUGUUCAAAUUGUUAAUAUAUUAUUUAUGUUCUGCUUUAGUUUGUAGGUUUGCGAACUUGGUUUUUUCAAAUAAACUUUUCAUGUAUGCUUUGCCA